AUGUCAUGCCUUUAUGGCAACAGGGUGAAAGAGGAUGAAUACGAAUUGCUGUUGCAAACCCUUGAGCCUCAUGGUCGAAAUUCUCGUCGAUAUUCUAUCUCUCAAGCUCAUCAAGAGAGCUUCCAAUGGAUCUGGGAUACCCAGAACUCGAGGCCUGGUUUCAGUAAAUGGCUACGCAGCGAAGAUCCCAUAUUCUGGAUUUCUGGAAAACCAGGGGCAGGCAAGUCAACACUGAUGAGGUAUUUGAUGGAAAGCGAGCAGACCAUGCACCUCUUCUCCGGAAAGCCAGAUGCGAUGAUUCUUGUUCACUAUUUCUUUCAUGAGCUAGGCGAGUCACAGGAGAAGAGCUUUGGAGGCCUGUUGCACGCCAUCGUCUAUCAACUUCUCAUCGGCUUACACAAGAAGAAUCAAGGUACCCUUUUCCGGCUCUGCGAACUGCUCAAGCCACAUCUAUGUCGGAACCCCACUUCCAAAGCUGCCUUAUCAGACUAUGUAUUGAUGACAAUACUCCAAAAAGUUGUCGCAGAGUGCAAAGAAACACUGAGGGUAUGUUUAUUCAUUGAUGGUUUCGAUGAGUGCCAAGGAGAUCACCGGGAGCAACUGGACUCCUUGACAGAUUGGGUCAGGUCCUCGUCCAACAAGAAGCUUUCGGUGAGAGCUUGCAUCGCUAGCCGUGUCGAAAUGGAGAUAGAACUUCGUCUCUCAAACGAGCCCACCUUUGCAAUUCAUCAUUUCACAAAACAUGACAUCUCAACCUACGUUACCACAAAAUUGAGACGAGCUUGGGACUUGAUGGCCCAACAGCGAGAUGGGACAACAGCAAAAUAUGAUCAGAAGCUUGUUGACCGAGUCGUCAAAAAAGCUGAAGGUGUCUUCGUCUGGGUUACUAUUGUAGUCUCUCAGCUCGUUGUGGCCAUAGAGGAAGAGAACGAAUCUCACGAUCUCUACGAAUCGCUAGCGGAUCUGCCAGAGGGUCUCGAACAGCUAUACGCAAGUGUCAUCGACAAAAUAGACCAGAGAUAUCGGCACGACACAGUCAACUUUCUCAGCCUUAUCCAAAAAUCGAGUCACUUGAAUUCAUCAGCCCGUGCGGACACUUUACUCAAGUUUAGUGCUGCUAUCCAGGACCCUAUGAGCGCAAUCUCGUGUAAAGCGUAUCUUGAAACAGGCUUUACCACCGACGAUGCUGGCCUCCCACAUCAUCAGUGUGCGCAGGUGAGACGUCGGUUGCAACGCAGAUGCCGAGGCCUUAUCGAAAUCGAGGAUGCUGAAGACCUUCCGGGCGCUAGAGUGGCUUUUCUACACCGGACUGUGAAAGAGUACGUCACUGGAAGCCAGCUCUUUGAGAGAACGCUUGACGAGGUAGACAGCAAACUUCUGAGAAACCCAGCCGUUGCUCUUAUGGCUAUGAACUUGCGCCUUGUGAAAGUCUAUCCAGAGUACGUGGAAUCUCAUAAUAUUUCUAUGGAAGCGCAGUCUCGUGAUGAGGUUAGGGACCUACGCGUUUGCGGGUUUUUUUUUGCCGCGAGAGCUGCCCAAUUUAGUAUUGGAUCUUCUCAGAUUCCCUAUGUUGAGGAGCUGGAUCGGGUCCUCUCCCUUUCCUAUCCAGACUGGACCAACUCUCACUACGGAUGGCGAAUCCACAAAGCUCGCCCAGACUGGAACACGGAUCUAUUAAGUCUGGCUGUCAGUUAUGAUCUUGCCCUCUACGUUCACCAGCAGAUUAGGAAGAAUGGAAAAGGCAUAAUUGAGAAAGCUCAUGGUCGACCUCUACUCUUUUACGCUUUUGAUGCUCUAUCCUUGAACAGAUAUAAUCCAGGCGUGAACACAUUUCAUUCCUGCGAAGUAUUGCUCGAGAAUGACGCUGAUCCAAUGGAGAAUUUUAAAUCACAUACACCAUGGUCAUUCGCGAUACUGGUAUUGGGCAGAUAUAUGGCAUCUCCCCCUUAUCAGCUUCACAUCGGGAAGCUUUUUACGCUCAUGCUCGAGCAUGGAGCAGAUCCAUUCCAGCCUGUUGAUCACAACAUCGACGAUUGGUGGUGGUUCAAACAUUUUAAAAAGCUUUACAGUACAGUCUUUCACGUGGCUCUGUACUCCAUGGAGCAGUGGAAAUAUAUCUUUAGACCAAUACUCAGAUUGUUGGUAGAUCACUGCAACGACUUUGAGGCGACCGACUCAGAUGGUAUCGGAAUCCAAGACUGGGCGGACAGUCUCAAUCCAGAGAUAGGGACUUUCCUUGGACAGGAAAUUGCAGCGAAAAGGACACACAAAAGACGCCGGAGACACUGA